AUGCUCAUCUCUCCUUUGAACGGGUUCUUUCGCUAUUGGUCCGGCCUUCACUUCAAUCCUAGGCUCCCACCGCAUGAGUCCUAUCGCCAACUGCGUAUGGUAUAUGGCUGGCAUGCCCGAAGCCCCAAGUAUCGUUUUACCUGGAUUGCAUACCAGAAUGCGCUAGCUGAGGAGCUAACCGUCUUAUUUGGCAAGAUAUGGGAUCUUGAGCCCUGGAGAAAGCUUUGUAGUGCCGUCGGGAUCAAUCCGCCCCCCAAUACCUGUGAAGAUGGCAUUUGGGCAACUCGGGGCCUCUUCGUCAAUAUAAUUGACCUCAUUCACUGGGCCCGCACUGGCGGAUGCAAUGGCGAUGUUGCAACCUGGAGCACUAAGUCUGAUCUUUGGCGUUAUUCAAUCCAGACUGACAAGAUAUUUGAACGGGAUAUGACCGCCAGGGACCGACACAAUGUUGUUCUGCAGCAUCUAACUCACUGCAUGAUGCAAUGUUAG